AGUAUAAUAAUGAAUGGACACAGUUAAAGCUGAUUUGUACAGAUUAAGAUUCAGAGUAGAUGCUGGAAGAAACUCCAGCUUCCUUUUUAAUAUGGGUUGCUUCUCUUUCUCCCCUUUUCCUUCAGUCUCCUGUUUGUAUGCCACUGGUGUACUUAACUAACCCUGUGUGAAAGUCUUUUCCAUCAUCUAGCCAAGUUGGCUUAGAUUGGUGCCGUUCCCUUGGUGACUGCAUAGCUUGAAUGAAAUCCCUUUGGCAGUAGCCUGCCUGCUGCACGGGGACAUUCAACACCUGAUACUAAUAUCUGGCAGUUGUACUUUUAUUUAUAGCAAAUCUUUUGAGCCUGCUGUGUAUUUAUACUCUGUGCUGCUUCAAAUCAGGCCCAAGUAAUCUGUUUUAACUGCUUAUGAUUUGUAAACUGCGCAAAGCAUAUCCAGAAAGAGGGAUUUUAUUGGGUUUUCUUUACAUUAUUGUGAGUUUAGCAUUCUUUAGGAAUGUGCAGUUUACUCCUAUAGCUUGUUCACUUUAUCAUGAGUAGACAUACUAAGGCAUCUUUGGAAGCUCCUGUUUUCCAAUGAAAUAAGAAUCUACAGAAUUGCUUUCAAAGCCUAUAAACUCAAUAUUUGUGCUUUUACUGGUUUUUUGACUAUUAGCAAGGUGUCCUCACUAAAUAUAUUUGAGAAAGAGAGAAAAAUUACAUUAGUAGCUUUGAGAAUUAAACAUGUUUUGUGUGGUAUGAAGAUCAAAAAGAUUGUGAGAGAGAGAACACAAAUUUUGUUUGCAAACCUCUAAAGCCUUUAUGCAGAAUGUGUAGAACAAACGUGUGUGUUCCCUGGCUGGUUAUCUGUAGUAAAAUAGACAUAGAGGAAUGCUGCAUAUAUGCGAUAAAGACUUAUCUGAAUCACAUGGUGCACUUGAAAUGCAUCAAAUCAUCACAGGAAUUAGACUUGAUCUUACACCCUCAUUUGACAAAUACAGAUUUUAAAUAUGCUUUUAUUGUGUCCUUGAUCGUUGAUGGAAGUUUUCUUAUUUACUCAGUUAUUAUGGCCUGAUUUGGAGAAAAAAAAGUUUCUUUGUUAUACUCACAAUUUCUUUCAUAUGUUUGCAUGUACCAUUUAAAACCAUUUGUAUGAUAUUAGAAUUAUUUACUUGUAAUUGCUGUAUAUCUCUAAACAACACAAAGCACUGUGUGCACCAAAUCUUUAACUUGUAGUUCAGAUAUUCACCAUCGUACUAGGUUUGGCAGUUAUUUCUGUUGUUUUGUUGCAUAUUAGCAUGCUACACUUUGUGUGUUUUGAAAAAGUAAUGUUCAGAAAUAAGGGAUUUCAGUAAUAAGGGAUUUUACACAGAACAACAGCAUACAUUUCUUUUCACUACUGUGGUGCUUGCCCAUCCCACCAACCUAGCAGAAUCUGGAGCCGUUCCAACCAAGGGUUUGUGUUGGACUUUGGUCAGGUUAGCAUCAAAGAAUAUGGUAGGCAGUCUAAGUUCCUGCUGUGUGUUACAUGUUAAAUGUGUUACAUUGAAAUCAUAAUCUGCUUAGAACUUUUUCCUAGGUCCCUGAAGGAUGUUGCUAGCAUAUUUUGGGAAAUUCAAGUUACUGGGCUUUCUCAUUUCUACUGUACCACCUCCCACCAUGGUGGGGCAACCCCAAUGGUUUAUUCAUACCUCUGACCCUUUUUGUAUACAAAGCAGUGUGUCAGUCAGUUUUUACAGAAGAGGUGGGUGUGUCAGUCAGUUUUUGCAGUCAAACAUGCUUGUAUUUAAAAGGUUCUGAUCCCUCCCUCUUCUCUAUCUUAUUCAUUCCACUCCAUCACUGUUAUCACCAGCCUUACUUACAUCGGAUUUCAAAGCCAGAAAGAACCAGUUUGCAGCAGCAAUUGCAAGGGGAAGGGUUAAGCUCCCCUCUCCUGGAACUUCAUUGCUCAUGGUAUUGAAUUUAAAUUGUAAGUCAUGGAUGAUGCUGCUUUGUCACUUGGAGCAAUUGAUGUUUCCUAUUCAUCGUCUUCAGCAGAAUGCACCGUUUCAAGGUGUAAGCACUCCAGUGAAGAAUGGGGAGAAUGCAAUUCUCGGCCUACUGUGUUCCGAUCAGCCACUUUGAAAUGGAAAGAAAACAUACUGGGCAGGAAUAGGCCUUUUGUGGGACGCUGUUGCUACAUAUGCACUCCUCAAAGCUGGGACAAGUUUUUUAAUGCUAGCAUCCCAUCUUUGGGCCUUCGUAAUGUUAUAUAUAUUAAUGAAACACAUACCCGGUACAGAGGUUGGCUUGCCAGAAGGCUCUGUUAUGUCCUGUUUGUGCAAGAACGGGAUGUACAUAAGGGUAUGUUUGCAACAAAUGUGACAGAAAAUGCAUUAAACAGUAACAGAGUGCAAGAUGCUAUUAUAGAAGAGGCUUCAGAAAUUUCUGCACUGGGUGGAUCUGGUCAGCUGGACCCUAGAAACAUCAACAAAGUCAAGAAGAAAGCUAGAAAGAUUCUUCAGGAAAUGGUAGCAAAUGUUUCACCUUUUUUGAUCAGGUUAACAGGAUGGGUGUUGCUGAAAUUAUUUAACAGCUUUUUUUGGAAUAUCCAAAUUCACAAAGGCCAAUUGGAGAUGGUGAAAGCAGCAACUGAGCUGAAUUUACCUCUUAUCUUCCUACCUGUUCAUAAAUCGCACAUUGACUACCUGCUUCUCACAUUUAUUCUCUUUUGCCAUAACAUUAAAGCGCCUUAUAUUGCAGCAGGAAAUAACCUGCAAAUUCCCAUCUUCAGCACCUUGAUUCGCAAGCUUGGAGGAUUUUUUAUACGGAGAAAGUUAGAUGAAAACUCUGAUGGCCGUAAAGAUAUUUUGUACAGAACUUUACUGUAUGUGCAUGUUCAAGAGUUGCUUCGGCAAUGUCAGUUCUUAGAGAUAUUUUUGGAGGGCACACGAUCCAGGAGUGGAAAGAUAUCUUCUGGGAGAGCUGGUCUCUUAUCAGUGGUGGUGGAUGCUUUAUGUAAAAAUGCUACUUCUGAUAUACUAAUUAUACCAGUGGGAAUAUCUUACGAUAGAAUCAUUGAAGGUCACUACAGUAGUGAACAACUGGGAAAUCCCAAGAAAAAUGAAAGCCUUUGGGGUGUGGCUAGGGGAGUCUUCCGAAUGCUGCGGAAGAAUUAUGGCUGUGUUCGAGUAGAUUUUGCACAACCAUUUUCUUUGAAAGAGUAUUUAGAUGGCCAGAGCCAGAAACCUGUUCAUGCCCCUCAUUCUUUGGAGCAAACUCUCUUACCAGCUGUAUUACCUUCAAGGCCUAAUUAUGCAGUAGAUGGUACAGAGGCUGCCCUACCUGAUCCCAUAGAAUUAUCCUGUGAGCCAUUGAGAAGACAGUUAAUAGCUAAUUUGGCAGAGCACAUCAUGUUCACUGCUAACAAGUCAUGUGCUGUGAUGUCAACACACAUUGUUGCCUGUUUGCUGCUCUACCGUCACAGGCAGGGAAUUGAUCUAUCCAAGCUGGUGGAAGACUUUUUCUCCAUGAAAGAGGAGGUCCUGGCUCGGGAUUAUGAUUUGGGAUUUUCGGGGAAUUCAGAAGAUGUUGUCAUGCAUGCUAUCCAUUUGCUGGGGAACUGUAUCACCAUCACAAAUACCAGCCGAAAUAAUGAGUUCUUCAUCGCUCCAAUCACAUCUAUUCCUGCUGUCUUUGAACUCAACUUUUACAGCAAUGGGCUACUACAUGUUUUCUUUAAAGAGGCUAUCAUUGCUUGUAGCCUCUAUGCCAUGCAAAAUAAAAGGCAGAGGAAUGGUACCAAUGGAAUUCCAUCCCACAUGAUUAGUCAGGAACAACUUGUUCGCAAAGCUGCCAGCCUAUCUUACUUGCUUUCUAAUGAAGGCAUUAUUUCAUUGCCCUGCCAACCAUUAUGUCAAGUGUGUCAUGAAGCAAUCGAACAGUUCAUACAGUAUGGAAUUCUUUUGAUAGCCGAGCAAGAUGAACAGGAGGAUAUUAGUCCUACCGUUGCAGAGCAACACUGGGAAAAGAAACUACCAGAGCCAUUGUCUUGGAGGAGUGAUGAAGAAGAUGAAGACAGUGAUUUUGGUGAAGAGCAGAGAGAUUGCUACCUAAAGGUGAGUCAGUCAGAGGAACACCAGCAAUACAUCACUUUCCUGCAGAAGCUGCUGGGACCCUUACUUGAGGCAUACAGCUCUGCUGCCAUCUUCAUCCAUAAUUUCAGUGGUCCGGUUAGAGAAUCUGAAUAUCUUCAAAAAUUACACAAGUACCUAAUAAUGAGAACAGAAAAGAAUGUUGCAGUAUAUGCUGAGAGUGCCACUUACUGCCUUGCAAAAAAUGCAGUGAAAGUCUUUAAAGACAUGGGAGUGUUUAAGGAGACAAAGCAGAAGAAAGACACUAUUUUGGAACUGAGCAGCACUUUUCUACCUCAGUGUAAUCGGCAAAAACUGCUGGAAUUCAUUCUGAGCUUUGUAAUGCUGUAGAGUGCAUCUCUUGACUUCUCCCAGCAAGAAGUUGGUAGAUUGGAGAAUGUGACAUGAAGCUUCAGGGCUUUUUGCUGCUUCCAUAGUGUUUAUAGUGCCAUUUUUGGUAAGGCCUUAUCUGAUCCAAGCCACAGGAAGACAAGUGCCUUCUUAAAUACACAUUUCUGGAACUAUGAGAUCUGGUAACCCAGUAAACACUUACAACAUUUUGGAUGCAAGUGAUAAGCCAUGUUUGCUCAACAGACAAAAAAAUCUUGUUUUUACAUGAACACAUCAAGUAUUGUGUUUUUACACUGCAAUACAUUACAUUUACUUCAAGACUAAUGACUGUGACAAAUGUACAAACAUAUUUACCAGCAACCUGUUAUUUUAAUACUGCAGUUCUGAAUAACAAAAAAUAAUAUGGAAUAAUAUGCAAACUGCAAACACGAUGUCUAUAGACAAACUCAUUGUAUGAGUUCUUAAAACAUGACAACUCAGCCUGUGAAUAAGUAUGCAGUGUGGGUUGUUCAUGGAACAACCCAUGAUACACCCAACAGAUUAUCAGGCUUAGUGUGGGUUAUUCUCCCAUUCUGUCCCCCCACUCCUCCAGUCAGUAUCUCAGGGUCCUUGUGGCGGAACCCAUCUUCUCUCUGUUUCAGUCAUGAGCACAUUUUCAAUUGCUGCUAUUUGCAUAUUUGGUUCCUAUUCUGGAGUCCUGUGCUGUCAUCAGUGACAGCUGCACUUCGGAGUCACCAUUGCUGGCUUGUUGCUCAUUAUUAAUUAUCAAUCUGUACCUUGAAAAGCAAAUUGGUGAAGAAUUUUUUGCUGAAAGAGGAUGGCAAGUAAAUCUUUCCUUUAGCGGUGUGAUUUUCUGGUUUUUAAUUAUUGCUCUGACAGUGCCCUCCAUUUUUUCCAUAGAACACUCCAGGUGCUCCAGAGGAAAGAUCUAUAUCCCAUCCCCUUAUGGUGGUCUCUAACUUUUGACAGCUGUCAGAUGAUUUUCUUUUCUUUAAAAAUGUGUAAGGCAAAUUGGUACAUUAUUUUUAUGGGGGUAGGAGGUAUUGCAAAUUUAUGGAUGUGUUUUUUCUCCCCCCCCCCCAAAUAUGUUAUGCGAGUGCAAAUUAAUCUAUAUAGAGUCUUGUCCUACUGCAUUUUGACAGCAGAGAAUUGCCAGGUCGUUGGCCCAGCAAUACUAAAUAUUUUAGACAGCUUUAAGGACACCCUUGUACAGGGAUGAAAAAAAAAGUUUAAAAACCAAUUCAUCUCGACUGGGCACAUUUCUGAUACCCAGUUGCCUCACAAAGAGGCCAUUGAAUGAGCCACUGAAGGGGCGCUUGCGCAUCAGUGGAGUGGUAUUCACUGGCUGUGGCACAAGGGGCUUUUGCUACUCUUGCUGAGCAGCUAAUUUAUGGCGUCUUGCAACCUGUGAUGGGAUCAGGCUCCCAGGUUUGGAUGACACCACAGUUCAUUGUAGGUUCAACAGUUCCUAGAACAAGGUGUGGGUUGUCCCGUGGCUUUAUUUCCUCCAAACAAGCAGCUCUUUAGGAAGUGAUUUGGGUUCAGACAAGAUAGCAACUUGCCAUGGGUAGUUGUCCCCAGUUCGGUUGCCAUGUUGGAUCAACCCAGUCAUAUUGCAAUGAUGUGAUUUUUAGGAGAAUGGAAUGCUAUGGGAGGAAAGAGCAUGUAUGAUUUUGUUCUAUGGAUUAUUACGGCAGACACUAACAAUGAUCAAAUAAAAAGUCUAUCAUUAAGGAUGAGCUGACUAGCAACCAGUGAUCCAUACAUAAGACAGUUACAGUGGCAGGAUGAUGGUAUGAAGAUCAACUGGUCUUUCUACAUAAUAGGAAUGGUGAACUAGUGUAUCAGUGUAUUAAGCAGCUGAACCUUUUUCAUUUAGCUCUAAAACAGCUAAUAUUCUGAUUUGUCUCUGAACAAGAACGUUGAAUCUGUUUGUUGCCUGCUUGCGUUUUGUUCUCUAAAAUGAUUGUAACUUAAUGUCACAACAUUGAAAUGUUACGUAAGGUGAUUAAUCCAUUAUAACAUUGAAUAAUUUUUGAUGGAAAGUGAUUGUAAUUGCAUUGAAGGCAAUGAUAACUCUGAGAGAGGAUUAAAUGAGAUAUGCAGUUUUACAUACUAGAUAUUGGCUAAAGCAAUAAGCAUGGCAUCAGUUAUACAGAGAGAAAACUUCUUGCCUUAUCAGUUGAAGAAAUAUUUCCACUGCAGUGUUAACAAUACUCUCAGCACCUUCUUCCUUCUAUUCAGUUGAAGCCUGGGAAACAAUUUGAUUAUGAAUAUACAUUUUAGUUUUGGGCUAAUUUUUAAAAGCAUUCUCAUGUGAUAAUAGCAUUGUGCAUUCACUCCAGUGCAGAGCUUCUGUACAGUUUUAGUCUGCCUGUUUACUCCGCAUUGGUUGUAGUAAUAUUUUCUACAGAUACAUUUUAUGGAUUAAAACACUUAAUAAAUUGCAAUAUUUUGUCAGUGUUCUCACACAGCUCCCCAUGAGUGGAACUGCUGUGCAUGUCUACAGUCACUAAACAGGUGCUUAACAUUUUGAGAUGAAUUUCUGAACCAAAGUUGCAUCAAAUCAGUGACAGCAGCGGGCAGUUAAACCUGAACUGAUGAGGUUGUUCUUUUACUAUUUUCAAGCAAGAUAGUAGCUGAUGUGAAUUCUAUUUGUUCUAAUACAACCUACUAGUUUCUUCGAGCAAUUACUUCUCAUCCUUGCUAAUGUGCACUAUUUGUUAAAACUGAAUGUAUACUCUGAAUAGCAAUUUCUGAAUAUUGCUGAUGGCUUCCAUUUAAGGUCAGAUAAGUAGGCAUUUGUAAAUAAAUAACUUCUCUUUUAUCACACUACAGUACACAUUAAGUAAGCUAAGCAAUAUAAUGGGGAUGAUAUUUGCCUAAUUUUAAUUAAAAUGUUCUGUCUAACUUAAAAGAAAUGGAAAUCUAGGGAUUCAAAAGCAAUUUCUAGAUAUUAAUAAGAGUAAGUUAUUACACUGUUAAAAUGUUGUUCUUGGGGGUACGGUGGUGUCCAUUUGAAUUGAUGAUAAUAUGUAUGGUAUAAUUAGCUUCUGGAUGUGCAGGGAUGCUUUUCAGUGUAGAUUUCAUAAGCAGAGAGACUUUGCAUGUGCAGAUAUGUCAAGCUGUGAAUGUUGUGCAGAAACAGACCUUGUGACAUGGAUGUGAAUAAUAUGCCCAGUGUUGCAUGGGGUGUGGCUUUGCUUUUCCACAAACGUACAAAGCUUUUUACUGCAAAGUUACUAAAUAGACUGCUUCCUUUCUGGGGGUUAUUUUUAAACCUUCAUUUUUCUGUUGCUAAGGCAAGUUCUAGUUUCCAGUAUUUAAUUAUGAUGACUUAUAUUAAUUCUGCAUCUAGAACAGCCUGCACCAACCCUCCAGGGGGUUUGACCUACGGUUCCUACCAGCUUCUGCCAAUGUGUCCAAUGGUCAAGGAGGAUAGAAGUUGUUCUGACUGUAAACAUCUAGAGGACACCAGGUUGGGAAAGGCUAACCUAGAAUAUUAAAAUAUAUAUUUACAUUUAUUUACUUAAUGUAACCAACUUACGAAAAUACAGAUUUACAUCUACAAGUUAAUAGAAAGAACAUUCCACUUACAUCUUCAAAUGUUACUUGUUGAUUUGUGUAGUAUUUUGUUCUCUUUUAGAGAAUGGAUAAUGUUAGCUUUCCAUAUGAUUGAUUUCCUAAGGAUAUGUAACUAUUCUGUUACAAUAUUAACUUUCUUCUAUAACUUAACUUUCCUUUCCUUUCCUCUGUGACACCAGAUUUUUAAACCAAUCUCUUUGCCUGUUAUUUUGCAUACAGUAUAUACAAUAUUUCCCAUAUGCAAAACACACACACAAACAUGAUGUUUUCGACAGUGAAGGGCUGGAGGCUGAUUGCAAAAUACUGUAACUGCUCCAUAUUUCUACUUGUGAAACCAGCAUGGUCUUGAAAAAUGUUUGAGCACACUACUUUUUCCAUUUUAACAUCUCGUUAUGUACCUCCUGUAAGAAGCACAGGGCUACAUAUUAAUUUUAUUUUAAUAAACAAUUUGAAAAUGC